CCAGAGUUGUGGAAGUUGUGUUUGUGCUUGAUCAGAUCAAAUGUCUGCUUCAUCUUCUUCUUACAAAUGCUUGGGUUCGGGGUUUGAACAGAGUUGUGGUAGUGUGAGCAGGGUGGGUCUAAAACCCACAUGCUUUUGUGGUGAGAAUGCAGUCUUCCGCAUUGCAAGAACCCCCAAGAACAAGGGCAGGAGAUUUUGGGGAUGCCCCAAGUUCAAGGGUGGGAGUGAGGAUUGUGCUUCUGGAUGCAACUUCUUUAAGUGGUGCAAUGAUGAUGUAAUUCAUGAAGGAAAUGAAGGAAAUGUGGUCACUGUAGAAGGAAGUGGAAGAAAGAACAAAGUGGGUGGAAAUUCUAUGACGAUGGAACAAAUGAUGAUGAAGAUGGAAGAGAGAGAUGGGGAAAUACUGAAAAUAGCAAUUUUACAUAAAAGUGUAGUUAGACUGGAAAAUUGGUUGAAGUUUUUAACGGGGAUGGUGGUUAUUAUAUGUCUAUGUAAUGUAAGUGGAAGGUUGAUUAUUGUUAAUGGAAGGUUAAUGUAA